AUGGAAAACUACGACUUCUCUCAAAGACAUACGAACGCCACACCAACCACAAGGUUCGGAAAUGCAACGAGCUUCGAUCUAACCCUCGUCUCGGUCGACAACCUCCAGUGCAAACGUCGGAUUGGCCACCGGAUUAGAGUGUACGCCGAGGUCCAACUAGAUGGAGGCAAGGUCAUGAAAACCGACACGUACGAGGCGGGAGGGCCGGAUCCGACGUGGAACAUCACCGUGUCUUGCCCUAUAACGAAUAGAAUGGGAGGGAAUCUGGUGGUGCGUCUUUACUAUAAGAGAAGUGUGGGGCACACUUGUAUUGGUGAGGUGAACAUAAAGUUGACUAGACUUUUCGAUAGUUGGCGUGACUCUCGUAAGGAUACUGAGACGACAUGGCAUAUGCAGAGGGGGGAUUUGAAUAUUACCUAUCGUUUUGUAUGA